AGUGAAGAAGACGACGAAGAAGAAGAAGGAGGAGGCUGCGGCGGGCGGAAACUGUCGCUUGACGUGAAAACACGACUAAAAAAAGUUUAUCCAACGUUUUUUUUCCUAUCUGUGAAGGCGCACGGAAGGUCAGUCACCGGGACAACGUUCAACCGUUUGAUAAUCGCAAUAAUUAUAACCUCGUUUUGUUUUCUAAGCUUGCUAACCCAGUGUCUGAUGCUAAUUACUGAUAGCUACUUUGCUGACUUAAAUCAAGUAAAAAGAAAGUGACUUCUUUACGGCCGCCAGCAGUUCUGACACACUCACACUGAGUGAUAAUUGAAUCUGUCAAAAAUGUUUUGGUUAAUUGUGCUGAAAUUAUCAUGAAGGCUUCAGCGCAGAGCGCGAGUGGUUAGCACAUGUGCCUCAUAGCUCUGCAUUUGGGAGUUCGAAUCUGGGCGCCAGUUUUUUUCUUUUUUUUUGGUGGACUUUGCGACCCACGUUCCAAAACAUGUUAUUCUUCAUGCUUCAUUCAAAACUCGGGCGACCACUCAUUGCCUCACUGAAAAACUGACAGUCUACGGCGACCAGUCAGUGCUUUGCGAUUGGCUCAGGAGCGAAGGAGACUUUGGGCGACGAAUUGCGCUGCCAGCUGCUGUUUGAUGGCAGCUCCAAGCUUACAACAUCCUGGCUUUCUCCUGGCAAACCUUAAAGUGGACUCACCCAACAAAACUUUGGCUCAGCGAUGCCAGGAUCUCACCAAGAUCAUCGAUGACUAUCACGCAAAGGAGCUGCACGUCAUCUUCUCGUGGUUAGUGGAGAGCGUCUUCGGAAGCCUGGAUGGCGUCCUGGGAGGAUGGAACCUUCGCCUUCUCCAUUCGCGAUGCAGCGACUUUGCACUGGUCGUGGACUUCCUGAAGCCCAGUGGGUCCAUGAUGAAACUGGUUUACAAACUUCAAGCAGAAGAGUACAAAUAUGAAGUGCCUGUCAAUUAUCUGCCGGCGCCGGUGAAGACGUCCAUCCAGGAAGGCGUCCUUCCCGACUGUCCGCUUUUUCACAACCGGCCUCACUUUCCCAUGUCUGGCAUGCUGACUCUCAACAUGGCGCUGAAUCCUUUUGAGUUCUUUAUGUUCUACUUUGCCUUCUGUCUCAUUACGCCAAAGAGCUUGCCUGUGGGCCAGCACGGCGGCACCACUGACAGCGCCUACUUCGUGCUGGUGGACAUGUACCUCAAGUACUUCCUGCCUACCGAAGGAAGCGUGCCCCCGUCCCCGUUUUCUGACAACAGGGGCUCCGUCAGCGCACCUACUCCAAGGUCGUCCAACAUCUCCUUGGCGGGUUACGGCCUCCACAGUCCCAGCCUGCUGAAGCAUCACAUCUUUCAUCAGCCGUCCGUCAACGCCGACCCCGCCGCCCAGGAAAUCUGGAGGUCCGAAACGCUGCUGCAGAUGUUUGUGGAGGUGUGGCUGCAUCACUACUCUUUAGAGAUGUACCAGAAACUGCAGUCUCCUCAGGUGAAGCUGGCGCUGCUCCAGUACCGCCUCAGUAUGUCCAGCAUGCCGUGCCAACCACACAUCCCACCAGGCUCAGGGACCCUCCACACCUACCAAGUACAUAAACCUUCUUGCUCCCCCCCCCCCCCCCCCCCCCGCCUGCCACGCCGUUACCUUUGGUCCGGCUCAGGGGUACUUGGUGGAGACCCGAAGGUCCUGCUCAAGGAACCGUUCAGCCCCAGCGAGGAGCACGUGUUGGCCGUGCGGCUGCUGGUCAAACAUCUGCACGCCUUCUCCAACAGCCUGAAGCCGGAGCAGGCGUCGGUUUCCCCCGCCCACUCGCACACCCACGCCAGCCCCCUGGAGGAGUUUAAGAGAGUUGUGCAGCAGCGCUUCGUGCAGCAGAAGCUGUUCUUGUUCCUGCAGCACUGUUUCGGCCACUGGCCUCUGGACGCCUCCUUCCGAGCGGUGCUGGAGACGUGGCUGAGCUUCAUCCAGCCGUGGCGGUACGCCGACGACAAGACGGCCCACGCGCAGGCAGACGGCGGCGGCGGCAGGAGCGACCCCGAGAGAUGGGAGUCGUUUGUUCAGGAGAAUCUGCUGGUUUACACCAAGCUCUUCCAAGUGUUCCUCAACAGAGCCGUGCGCAUGGAUCUGGUCAACGCCAAGAACGCGCUGAUGCUCUUCCGGGUGGCCAAAGUCUUCUCUCAGGCCGACCUCGCAGACAUGAUCCACAAGGCCGAACAGCUGUUCCUGGAGCCGGAGCUGGUCCCCCAUCACCGGCAGCAGCGGGGCUACCUGACGCCCGGUCAGAGCGGCAGCUUCUUGUCGUCACGGCAACGCAGCGCCACAGAUGCCGUGUUCCGGGUCAAGAGUCACGUGUACGCCUUGGAAGGCCAGGACUGCCAGUACAAGCAGAUGUUUGGCUCGGAGCUGCGGACUGUGGUGGUGAAAUUGAUCCAGGUGGUCGCACAAGCCAGACAGACGGCCAAACGGAUUUCGGACCGCUCCAGCCAAGCGGCGGCCAGCAAGUCUUUCCUGUCUUGGUUGACCGCGCCUUCCUCGGACUCCAACAACGGGCUUUGCGGCCUCGAGUCGGACGACAGCACCGAGUAUCUGAGGAAGACUCACGAGUUCCUGGACAGAGCGCUGGAGAACUUGUGCACCAUCUUCAAGCUCAACCAGGGUCAGUUGAGUCAGCUCAUGGCCAACGUGACGUCCUCUCAGGAUGACGGCGAGUCGAGGCAGCUGCCCGACUGCGUGGUGGGAGAGCGCGGCCUGGUCCUCACCGACUUGGGAAGGAUGCAGAUUAUCAACGGGCUCCGGAGGUUCGACAUUCAGUACCAAGGUGACCCGGAGCUGCAGCCAAUCAGGAGCUACGAGAACGCACUGCUGGUCAGGUUCUUGUACCGGAUGUCGUCGCUGCUCAACGACCAAUUUGAAAGCCACUUGACCGAGAUGUGCUCGCGGACGGAUUUCGCCGGUCGACUGGCUCGUCACUACCUGACGGAUCCCGAUCCCGACGCGGUCCUGGCGAGGAGUCCUGCGUCCCCUCAGUUCUUGGACCGGAAGCGGCAACCUCGUGUCAGCUUGCGACCGCUGGCCAGCUACAGGACAAUCCUGCUUCUUGUCCUAAGCUACGCUGCGGGCGCCGUCUUGUCCUUCGGCCCGGUGUCCAGCACCUUACUCAUCCUCGCUGCCGUAUUCCUCCACGGAGUGGCCGCGAUGCUGUAUGCGGAUAAAUGGAAGACGCACUAGCGUGAAUGGCGCGGAACUUUGUACAGGCGCGGGAGUCCAGCGGCAGCUCGUGUCAAAGGUCAACAAUUUUCAUCGCAAAACACUCAAUAAAGUGUUUGGCUUUCAA